CAUCCACUCAUUUUUAUCGGUCAUUACAUACAUUUCUCUGAUCUUGCAUCAGUUUCUCUUCUAUUAUCCCAUUUCGCUGCUUUAUGUCAUUGUGUUUCUCAGUGUAACAUCUUUUCCGACGAUAUGAAGUUGACGGUAGUGCUCAUGGCGAUGAUGGGUAGCGUUGCUCUAGCUACGUCUACUGGUUCCCAUCCCGGUGAUUCGGAUGUUUCCGUAUUAUCCAUCGAAGAACCGGCAUCGGUAUUAGAUACAUUGGAGAAACGGAAGAAGAAAAAGGGCGGCAGCGGCGGCUCAAAGCCCACCACCAAAAAAGAAGAUCCUAAGACGACUACCAAACAGGAGGAGUCUAAAACGACUACUAAGAAGGAGGAGCCCACGUCCACCAGUAAGAAAGAGGAUCCGCCUAAAACGACGUCUUCGAGCAAGGAACCGCCGAAAACAACGUCGACAUCUAGCAAAGAACCACCCAAGACGACCUCCUCGUCGAGCAAGGAACCAUCGAAGACAACCUCGUCAUCGAGCAAGGAACCGUCCAAGACAAUCUCUUCGUCUAGCAAGGAACCAGCUAAGACGACUUCUUCAUCGAGCAAGGUCUCAUCUAAGUCGGUCCCCGCUUCCACGUCCGCGCCGAAAACAUCUGCAUCUGGAACCUCAUCUUCUUCAUCAUCUGUUAAGUCAUCUGGAAGCUCAACUCAAAGUUCCAAGUCGUCCAUGACCACGUCCUUUACUAGCAGUUCGGCAUCCGGAUCCGUUUCAAGUUCUGCCUCUUCUUCAUCGGUUUCCUCAUCAAGCUCUGCUGUCGCUUGCCCUAUGCGCCCGCGCAAACGUGACUUCGAUGAGUAUGACCAGUUGGAUAGCUGGAUGGGGUUCAACCCGACAAAGCAGAAGCGGUACAGAGUCGUUGUUCUGGGCACUUCCUAG